GUGUAAUUGAUCCUCAUACAAAGUAGUUUUGAGGCCACGACUACAAAGUCGACAGCGCGCAAGAUGAGCGAGCAGAACAAAGGCAAUUCAUUGUUUCCCCCCGUCGUCAAGGCGGGUGCCUUGAGCGGCUCCCUUGGCCUUGUAUAUGGAGGUGUUGCAGGUGUCAUCCGAUCUCCUAAUCCGGUCAUCCAUUCUCUCUCUUGCGGUGUCCAGUGGGCUGCAACUGGGAGUGGCUUCUGGUUCUUGAGAGAGAACAUCUUAAAAUAUCAGUUUGAAAACAAUGCAGAUUCUAAGCAACGCGCUUAUGUCAGCGCUCUGUCCGGGGGUAUCGCUGGAGGCACUGUCACCAGAUUGCUCGGGGGUCGGCUAAUUCCAGGGGUGGUGUUUUUCUCGGCACUAGGCUAUUUGGGCCAAAGCACUUAUAACGCGAUCGACGCAUGGCAACUAGAAAAGGCGAACACUCCAUCGAAGCCGAUCCUUCAACGGAUCGCCGACUCGAAAUGGAUCCCGCUCAAGUCUCUGUCGGAUGACGAUUAUAGGGGAAUACUGCGCGAGAAGCUCCUGAGCAUUGAGGCCGAGAUCGCAAUUUUGGAUGAAAAGAUUGAAGCCCUUGAGAAGCUCAAGUCUCAAGGGCCGGAACUGCCCUCGUCUGACAGUGCCACCAGAUGACCAGAAAGUUGAACGCAUCCUCUAACACGAAUGACCUCACUUUCUUCGACUGUUCGUGGGGUUAACAGUCAUCGGCUUGACCUCUGAAGCAAAUAAGAGGACCAGCUUCAUCGCAGUACUUGGCCCCAGCCAUGCAGGGUGCCGCGACGAUCAUUCGGCGAUUCUGCAUCAGCCGUGAUUGUCCCAUCAGAGGCCAGUUAUCCCAAGGCCAGACUUCAAACACGGAACCUGAACGCAUCAUCUGCGUCGCUCUACUGCUUACAAAUGGGGAGUCAACCCCAUCAUGUAUAAUACAGCGC